CCCUUAUUAAUGGAAAUAAUGUUAAAGCUGCUGGUGGUACUUACAACAUCAACAUGCUUAUUUUCGACUGUUAAUUCCGGAGUACCAAUCGCUACUGGCGGUCCAUCGGUAAUCUACGAAGGUAAAGACGCGCUGCUCACAUGUGUUGUAUCAGAGAACCGAGCCAAUCACACAGUGAUAUGGAAGAAAUCCGACGAAAUACUCACAGCCGGUAUGGUGAGAGUGACGAGCGACACACGCAUCAGCGUGUUGCAUGAUGAGAGUGAGUGGAAAAGGGAUCCCAAAGGUCUUGAGUCUGGUGGGGAGGUAUGGGUGUUGCUUGUCAAGCGACUUACCACCGAGGACUCGGGUAGUUAUAUUUGCGAGCUAAAUUCAGAACCGGUCUUGCGUAGUAUACACAUACUAAACGUCAAGCAGCUACCCUCUAAUGGCGGCAACAUCACUACCACAACAGAGUCAAGUGAUGUGUAUCUCGUGCCGCCACCGUUCGAUGCUACCGACAAUCGCUCGUUUUGGCGCGCGCCCACGGUCGCGCCGCAGAUCACCCACGACUUCACUGAGUGCU